CCUCGUUAUGUAAACAUCCACCUAAUACCGCCCAGCAGUAGCAAGGCUCGACAACAAACACACUAUUCCAUCUUCUUUUUCCACUUCCCUUCACCCUGUCCACCCUCUUUAUUUUCCUCUUCCCUUUCCGCUGUUCUGGCUGCCCUUGACGUAAUACCUUCCACACCUGCCGCCGUUUCGCUCAGCCGCCUUAUCUUCUGUACGCCAGCAUACCCGUUGCCGCAUCAGCCUACACCUUGUUCCUGUUCAUGCCCUAGUCCCUCACGAGGAUACAUCAUAGGACCACCUCGGGACACCAGGCUUAUCUAGACCUGACGCCAAGUUCUCAAUCUGUCUGGUCUCCCUCGUCGAUAUACUGUACCAACCCACCGACACGAACACGCACACGCCAACGCACCCACAACCGUAUUGAUUGCUGCCGAGGGCGGUUCAUCUGGUCUGGGGCUUUUACCCACCUACCAUCUCCUCCCAUCGCCGACACCAACCAAAGAUCAUCAUUUUCCAUCGUCUCCGUGCCUGCUUGUAGCAAUGGGGCCCUGUCUGUCGUGUUGCGGAGGCAAAUCUCGAGAUGGACUCUACGAGCCAGUCUUGGCUGAUAGCGAACGAGAAGCUGUCGCAGACCUGCUACAAUAUCUUGAGAAUCGCGGCGAGACCGACUUCUUCUCCGGCGAGCCCCUUCGAGCCCUGAGCACCCUCGUCUUCUCCGACAACAUCGAUCUGCAGCGGAGUGCCAGCCUGACAUUUGCAGAGAUCACCGAGCGAGUUGACCGUGAUACUCUGGAUCCCAUCCUCUUCCUCCUACAGAGCCCUGAUAUCGAGGUCCAAAGGGCCGCCAGCGCCGCACUAGGAAACCUAGCUGUUAAUACUGAAAACAAGGUUUUGAUUGUCCAACUGGGUGGUUUGACACCCCUCAUCCGCCAGAUGCUCUCCCCGAACGUCGAGGUCCAAUGCAAUGCCGUGGGAUGCAUUACCAACCUAGCUACACACGAAGAGAAUAAGGCAAAGAUUGCCCGGUCCGGGGCACUGGGUCCGCUUACUCGACUGGCCAAAUCAAGAGAUAUGAGGGUUCAGCGAAAUGCGACUGGUGCUCUCCUUAAUAUGACACAUUCUGACGAAAACCGACAACAGCUUGUGAGCGCAGGUGCUAUUCCUGUGCUUGUCCAACUCCUGUCGUCCCCUGAUGUCGAUGUCCAAUACUAUUGCACCACAGCGCUUAGCAACAUCGCCGUUGACGCUAAUAACCGACGGAAACUAGCAACCUCGGAAACGAAACUAGUCCAGUCACUGGUUAACUUAAUGGACUCGUCAUCUCCGAAGGUGCAAUGCCAGGCCGCGCUGGCGCUUCGCAAUCUAGCUUCGGACGAUAAGUAUCAGCUGGAUAUCGUCCGAGCGCAGGGCCUCAGCCCCCUUCUUCGGCUGCUUCAGUCUUCCUACUUACCACUCAUACUGUCCGCUGUCGCCUGCAUACGCAACAUCUCGAUCCACCCCUUGAACGAGUCUCCCAUCAUCGAGGCGGGGUUCUUGAAACCCCUGGUCGACCUCCUAGGAUCGACGGAUAAUGAAGAAAUACAAUGCCAUGCUAUAUCGACCCUGCGAAACCUAGCCGCCAGCUCCGAUCGAAACAAGGGACUAGUCCUCGAAGCUGGCGCAGUCCAAAAGUGCAAGCAGCUCGUGCUGGAUGUUCCGGUCACGGUCCAGUCGGAGAUGACGGCUGCGAUCGCGGUCCUGGCCCUGUCCGAUCAUCUCAAGACGGAUUUGCUGAACUUGGGCGUAUUUGACGUCCUGAUCCCUCUGACACAUUCGCCUAGUAUCGAAGUCCAAGGCAACAGCGCCGCGGCCCUCGGCAAUCUGUCUUCGAAAGUCGGCGACUACUCUAUCUUCAUCCAGGACUGGACGGAACCGAACGGAGGCAUCCACGGCUACCUUACUAGGUUUUUGGCUAGCGGGGAUGCAACCUUUCAGCACAUCGCCAUCUGGACGCUCCUGCAGCUAUUGGAGUCGGAAGACAAGACGCUAAUUUCGCAUAUCGGCAAGUCGGACACGAUUGUGGAGUUGAUCAAGCGGAUCGCCAAGCGACAAAUGGAGUCGGAUGAGUUUGAGGAUGAUGACGAGGGCGAGGUUGUCAACCUGGCGCAACGGUGCCUAGAGCUGCUCGGCCAGAGCAUGUCCAAGGCGCACAUUGAGGGAUGAGGUGACGAUUCUACCCGGCGACGAUUGUUAGUAGACCUUCCUCUCCACUUGGUCGUUAGUCGUUAGUAUUGUUGGACUCCUUGAUCCGACCGGCAUUCACGCGGACAUGGUUGGCUGUGGUGUUCUAGGCGUAUCUAUAUAAGCAGGCAUUCACGUAUUUUCGUCGACAGAAAGGCUGCUUCGAUAUCUGUUUUUGUUACAGGGAGUGCUGCAUAUCCGCAUUGGGCGGCUCAAAUCGCGGGCGGGCGUACUGCAGAUCGCAUUUUUUUUUUCUUCGCUACGGGUCUUGCCGGCGCGGAAGGGGAGAGACAAUUAAUCUCAUUUGUACGAGGCGGCUC